AUGAGCAUCGAGAUCCCGCCGGGCCUCACCGAGCUGCUGCAGGGCUACACGGUGGAGGUGCUGCGGCACCGGCCGUCCGACCUGCUGGGCUUCGCCGCCGACUACUUCGCCCGCCUGCGGGAUGCCCGCGACCAGGAGGCGGCCGGCGGCGGCCGCAGGGUGGUCAGCUUCGACGGGGAGCCCAUGCAGACCGAGUCCAACGGCGAAGAGGAGCCCGACCGCGGCGACGAGGACUCCGACUCCGACUUCGAGCCUCCAGUUGUUAACCGAUACAACAGGAGAGUAUCAGUUUGUGCUGAAGCUUUCAAUCCAGAUGAAGAGGAAGAAGAUACAGAACAAAGGGUAGUUCAUCCAAAAACUGAUGAACAGCGAUGCAGACUGCAGGAGGCAUGUAAAGAUAUCCUACUCUUCAAAAACCUAGAUCAGGAGCAGCUGUCUCAGGUCCUUGAUGCCAUGUUUGAGAGGAAGGUGAAACCUCAGGAACAUGUGAUUGACCAAGGUGAUGAUGGAGACAACUUCUAUGUCAUUGAGCGGGGAUUGUAUGAUAUUAUUGUAGCAAAAGACAACCAGUCACGCUGUGUGGGCCGCUAUGAUAAUCAUGGCAGUUUUGGGGAACUGGCAUUGAUGUACAACACUCCUAGAGCUGCCACCAUUGUUGCCACAACAGAAGGAGCCCUUUGGGGACUGGAUCGAGUGACAUUCAGAAGGAUUAUAUUGAAAAACAAUGCAAAGAAGAGGAAGACAUAUGAAUUAUUUAUUGAGUCUGUGCCCCUUCUUAAAUCCUUGGAGGCAUCAGAGCGAAUGAAGAUAGUGGAUGUUAUAGGGGAGAAAGUGUAUCAAAAUGGGGAACGUAUAAUUUCUCAGGGUGAUAAAGCAGAUUGUUUUUACAUUGUAGAAUCUGGUGAAGUAAAAAUCUUGAUUAAAAGCAAGACUAUGACGAGUAAAGAAGCUAACCAAGAAGUGGAGAUUGCCCGGUGUCACAGAGGGCAGUAUUUUGGAGAGCUUGCACUCGUUACCAACAAACCCAGAGCAGCCUCUGCCUAUGCUGUUGGGGAGGUCAAGUGUUUAGUCAUGGAUGUGCAAGCAUUUGAGAGGUUGCUUGGACCCUGCAUGGACAUUAUGAAGAGGAAUAUAACACAUUAUGAGGAGCAGCUGGUGGCAAUGUUUGGCUCUAGCAUGGACCUGUUGGAUCCAGGGAAUUAGGCACAGGGUACCUCAAUGCCUUCUUAGUUCAAGACACAGAAAAGCCUCCUAUCAGCAACACAACUCACAAGGAAAACGGACACUAUGGAACAGUUACUGCUGCUGUCUUCUUGGGCAUUUUAGAAACGAUAAACAAGUCUCAGCACAAAGGGAUUGCUCACUCCCUGCCUCCACUUUGCUGCUGAUACUUCAUUAUUAGACCUAGAUUAAAGAUGAUUCUAACCCUAUGUUCACUUACUUGGUUCAGAAUGGCAUCCGUCCAACAGUUCAAGUGCCUGAUAUAAAACCCAAAGUGUGCAAGAUGUAGAAGCCUCCUUCCUUCUGGUGUUACUGUUGGGAUAAAUUUUCAGAUCAGAUUCUGUAGUGGGAGGUCGCCUGUUCUGCAGAGGCAACCUGUGGAAUAUGAGCCUUUUAUACAGGCUUAUUACCUUCAUCUGAAGCUUUCCUUACACAAUGUCAAAUUUGCUUUUAAUUGUAGCAUCUGGGUUUGAAGUUAAAAUACAAUGGAGCCAAUUAAUAAGGUGGCACUGAAGUUUUCUUCCACCUGCUGAAAGCAGCAGGUGGUAGAGCUCUUUAAACCAAGUAAACUGAGCUGGGGACAUGGGAGAGUCUGCUUAGCAACAAAAUGCAGAAAAUGAAGCAUUACUGUAUUUUAAGUGUUUUCUGAGCAGCAAAGAAAAUUGUUUUACUCUAUGCUGCCCAAAAAAGUGCAGUGGUUCAGACCAAAUGGCCUGAAGGUGUCAUAAUUGUCAUCUCCCCAAAUGUGCUCCUUGUUCCUGACACUGAGUACAUUUUAUUGUGGUGAGAUCACAAUAUAUGACCUUCUCUUGCUUACAGAGAUCCUUUAUACUGCUAGAUUUCCCAGGGCGCUGUUGUUGACUGGGUCAGUUUUAAAGCUUUUUAAGGAGGUGAAUGUUUUGUAAUUUAAAUGAAGACUACUUCUGUACUUGUUUACAGGAGCUCCCCCCUUAGUCCUAACAUUUCACAGUAUUCUAACUUCAUUAGACACUUGGAUGCUUCCAAAUACCAUGUUGAUUUGCUAAACUUUUCAAAAGUUGGCAACAUUUGACUUUGUAAAGCAAAUGUCUUUGCUAACUACGCAGUUGGUGUGUUUGAGGAGUCUGGUUUAAGUGAUAACUAAGCUAAUUAUGUUUAUCUAAAAUACCUGUUAAAUUUGCAGCAUUUAUUAGGUAGAUUCUAUUUCUAUAGCUUUAAUGACCUUAAUUGGCAUACUGCUGAGAUUUUAUCGGACUAUUAUCUAAAUAAGAAUCAGACCAUAAGAAGGACUUUUUAUGGUGUACGAACAGAAUAUUUAUAUUAAGACAUUGAAUUUGUAGGUAAUAAAUCUAGUGACCCUUUGAAUUUGAAUUCUUCUGCAGCUCAUACAAAACUUACUGGCGUUUUAUGGGGUUAUAAAAUUUUAAUUGUGGAUGUUAGUAUAACAGAACCUGCUCUUUUUAUUCAUGGCCACAUGAGCAAGAAUAGAAGGAUACUAAUGUUGAAUUCCUGCUUCUAGUUACCACAGUGGACAUUUCUCUAAGGCACGAGAUGCUUAGCUGCAACUCUUAAGUUGAUUUCUGGACAAUUUUUUUCCGUAAAUGGAUGAGCUCCUCCCAGUUCCUGCAAUAUGAGUAAGAUGCAAACUUGGUAAGUUUGAAUGGCUGUUGUCCAGUUACUGUAAUUGGAGUCAUAUUUUUAUAUAAUGCAAAUGAUUUGUAAUGGACACCACUGAACUAGGUGUUUCCAUAUUAUUAAAGUCCUGGUUGUGA